CAUCCAGCGCUUUAUUUAUGCUUGACGGUAACCGCGUCUUAAAAGUAAAAUUAUAAAUGUUGUUAUAAGGAAAAUUAUUGGAUUAGCACGAGGAUAGCGCGGAUAAUGCGCAUUGCGACAAACGAGCGCAAAGAUUUACAAACAUGUACGAAAAUAACGUCAGUGCUAUUCCAGAUUUCAGCGGAGAUGUCGGAGAUCGUCUGCGUCGAGUGGUUAACGUCUUAUACUUGUUUUCCGUCGUAAACGCUACUUCGUUUAUACACAAAUCUGCAGAUAUUAUCCGCAAAAAGUGCUAUUUACAUUCUGAUAUAACAGUCGAAUAUGUUAGAAAACCUCACAGAAGCUUGCACAAAACCUCGUAGUUAUUUAAAACAAAUUAUAUUACUAAUCCUUAUUAUUAAAGAUAACGUAAAUUUAUUUUCCAAAUUAUGUUUAUUUAAUGUUAUUUUUUUUAGUUUGUGUAUGUGUGUGUGUGUGUUUUUUUUUCCUUUAAAUUCUUUUGCAAAUUGAAGUAGAUGCAAGUUGUCUUUAACAGAUGUCUAUGUUGAUCAAUCAUAAUAAAUAGACUGUUAUAAAACAUAUUCUCUCGAGUCUUUCAUUAAUUAAAAAUUAAUUAUAAGAAGAAGGAAAUACACGUCAACGACGAUUUCGUUGAAUGAUAUCGAUUGAUGCAUCGACCGAAUUCCACUGAAUGUAUUUACGCAUGGAAUGACCGGAGUUGAUUGAUAAAACAAUUAUUUCCGCCGGGACAGUAGGGAAAGAGUCUGCGGUCGGGGAUUUUCUUCUUCUCCUUCUUCGUCGUUGAAACAUGCCGGAUAUGCGAGGAACGAGAGCGAACCGCGAAAGAUUAAUGGAAGCUAAAUAUAUAACUGUUUUAUAAACACAUGUGGGUAUCUUGAGAUAUACAGAGAGCCGGAAUAGUCGACUAAGUGUUCAGUAUUAGCGAACAAGAGCGAGCGAUAGAUACGCAUUAGAAAGUCAUCCAUUCUACAAUGUCAAGAGAAUUUCUCAUCAAACGACCGGUCUAACGAUAUGUUUCCCGUUAUUCGCCGUUAAUCAUCAUCGCAAAGUUAAUACUUGGAUGAAAAAAUCAUUGUCGUAUUGUCUAGUGAUAAAUGUAUUAUUGUACGUGUGAAAGUGUGCUGCGAGAAUGAUAUUGAGCUGACCGAGGGAAGAUACUUUCCACCCUUUGUACGAAUCGCUACGUGAUUAUAGUAUCUAUUAUAGUGCCCAUUCAUGUGGCUCAGAUAAUUUCUUUAAGAAUCCAAAGGAGGACAUAAUUAUGUCAAUUCUCGGUAAGAAGAAUUUCUUCGAAAGACUCUCUGGCAAUCGUUUGACGCGAGAGACACUGAGAAUGGAAGCUGCCAACAACGGAACACCGUCUAUUGUGAUCAGCAACCAAGAAGAACGCGAGGACAUUUGGAUGAGUGAGAUCGACGGUGGCAGCAUCUCCUCCGAGAACAGCUCGGAUUCUGUUACCUGCCAUAUACCAACGACACCGAUGACGCAGGAGCAACCUUGGAGCAAGAAGGAAGUCGAAGCGGCACUAUCGAAUCUUCCAGGGGGCGAAGUCGCCCUCUCCCUGAUCCCUUCUCUUCAAGAUGACGCUCUACAAAAGGCUUUAGAGGAAUUUAAAUACUUGACUCUCAACGAAACUGUGGAUUGCAGGCAUCGCAAAAUCUCGUUGCCUACGUUUGCAAAUGGGUUUAUGCGAAAGGCUCUAUUAGAUAGUGAAAACGGAGCAGCGGCUGCCGCAACUCCAGGUCGGCUACUUGCAGAAUGGCCGGACACGUGUCUAUUGAUUUCUAGUUGGUUGGGUCACGUGGAGAUCGCGAGGGUUUUGCUGGACAAAAGCGCACCAGUUUCCACAUGUGAUUGCGAUGGAAGAACGCCGUUACAUCUGGCAGCUUGCGCCACGUCUGUAAAACUCGUGGAGGAAUUACUGAAGCACGGCGCCGAUCCACGCAAAUGGGACCUCGGAAAGAAAUGCACCCCGUUACAUUGCGCCGCAGCGGCGGGUUGCGUUGCUACCGUCAAAUGCCUGAUCAAAUCGGGUGCGGACGUGGACGCCGGAUUGUCCGGCAAAAGCCCGCUUCACUAUGCUGUGUUAAACAACGCCGGAGAUUGCGUCGAGGCUCUACUACAAGCAGGUGCUUGUCCCAAUAAUCCACAGGUUUACACAGAGACACCUUUGCAUGUGGCGGCUAGUUUGGGCAACGUGCAUUGUACCAAACUGUUAUUGAGUCAUGGGGCAGAUGUGAGAGUGCAACUGGGAGUCGCGAGGUCAACACCUCUACACCUGGCAGCCGAAGAGGGGAGUGUAGAGUGCACCAGGUUGUUGUUGAAUGCUGGUGCGGCCUGGGAAGCAAAGAAUUCGCGCGGUCAGACGGCAAUGCACCUAGCAGCGCUUGCUCAAUCCGUAGAAACGUUAGAUGCAUUAAUAAAUGCCGGGGCGAAAGUCAACGCAGAGGAUGACGACGGGCGAACUCCUCUACAUGCUGCAGUUGCAAAAGCUCUAAGGAGCGGCGAACUGGUCAGGACUUUAAUACAGGCAGGCGCCUCGGUCAACAAGGCGGACAAGUUCGGCUACACGCCGUUGCAUAUCGCGGCCCUGAAUGAGAGUUCGCCCACGGUGAUGAUGCUGCUGGCGAAGGGUGCUGAUGUGACGGCGCGCACCAAGGGCGGCGUUUCUGCCCUUAGCUUUAUUAUACGUCGCACUCCGGAUGUAUUGCCGCGCUUUGUGGCGCGCUUUGAUCAGGCGAUCUCGUUGCACGAUCAUGAAUUGGGCGACGUGGACUGUGAGCUACGGCUGGACUUCCGGCCGUUGGUGCCAGGCGGUCGCGGCGAGACGGAUUUGAUGCUCUGCCUGGUGGAGGUUGGUCAGGGUCAUGUGCUGAAGCACCCGUUGUGCGAGAGCUUUCUCUAUCUUAAGUGGCUGCGUAUCCGCAAAUUCUUCCUCCUCAGCUUGAUGUUUCACUCGAUCUUCGUCGCCCUCUUCACCGGGUAUAUCGGAGCAACGUAUCUUUGGCAAGUAAAACGGCUCAGUAAUGUUCUCCUCUGGCUGGUGCUGAUAUUCACCUGCGUGCUCGCCUGCAAGGAACUCUUUCAAGUCGCCCACGGUAUCUGCUCAUACGCCAGACGCUGGGAGAACUGGCUACAGUGGAGCGUGAUCAUGGCUUCUGGCAUCAUCCUGAUCCCGUCGGUAUAUACUUGGCAGCAUCACGUUGCUGCCCUGGGUGUCCUGCUGGUCUGGAUCGAGUUGAUGAUGGUGGUCGGUCGCUUUCCCAUGUUCGGUAUCUACGUACAGAUGUUCACCCAAGUGUCCAUCAACUUCUUCAAGUUUCUUGCAGCCUACGUUUGCCUCAUAGUCGGCUUCUCUCUCGGCUUUAGCGUGCUGCACAAAAAUUAUAAAUCCUUCGCCGAUCCAUUGGUCAGUCUACUCAAGACGGUGAUUAUGAUGUCAGGUGAACUCGAGUUCGAGGAUGUCUUCUUCGACGAAACAGCGCCGCUCAAGUAUCCCGGUACGGCCCACCUGAUGCUCCUCGGCUUCGUUAUUCUAGUGACAGUGAUUCUGACGAAUCUGAUGGUUGGUCUAGCCGUAUCGGAUAUCCAAGAGCUUCGCAGAUGCGCCGGCCUUGAUCGACUAGUACGUCGUGCCGAGCUCGUUGCUCAUCUCGAGAAUAUGCUGUUCUCCAAGCUUUUGGAUCACGCUCCGGCACGCAGGAUAAUACGGGCGUGUAGAAGAGGCGCUCUGCUAUUACAUCCGCCGUAUCACUGCGCCUUGCACAUUCGGCCGAACGAUCCGCGCGAAAAACGUUUACCACGAGAUCUUAUCCGAGCGAUAUAUCGUCUGGUCAGCGAGAGGAAAACGCGGCGAGCGACGUUCAGAGGCGGCGUGCCGCCACUGUCGCGAAAUGCAAAUGCGUCCACAGCAGAUUCGAGUCACGCGAGGCUCAGCAGGAUGUACAGCAACGAGAGCCAGCAGCAGCUGAACGAGCUGGCAGUUGAGUUGAAAAGAUGCUCGUACAACAUCAGCACAAGGCUGGACAACUUGACCGAUAAGGUGGAGAAUAUCGCAAGGGACUUGGGCAUGUCGAUGCACUUACAUUAAUGUUGCCUAAUUAUUGUCUCAUCAAGCAUUUCGAAUUGUUAAAAAAAAAAAAAAAAAAAAAAAGCAAAAAAGAAGCACGAACUUGAGGUGAAAGAGAUAUAAGUUGUCAGAGCCUAAUAAUAAUUUAAUAGAGAUAUGACUCUAACGAGCCGCAUAUUUUCAACGACAAUCUACAUACACACACAUAUAUCUAUUUCGAAAAUUGUAUAAAAAUCUAAUGUAGUUUUAUUUAGU